AUGAGUAAAGAAGUGGAUGAUCAAGAAGUUACAGUAGAAGUUGUUCCACAAACAGUGACCGAAAUAGUUUACUUAGAAGAUCCGGUUUUUGAAACUCAAAAUUUACAAGCUAUAAAUCUCAUUGAAUCCUACGAAAUAAGAAAUAUAGACAAUGACGAGACUAAUGGAUGUUUUCAAUCAACUUCGUCGCAAGUUGAUGUUUCUUUGUCUGUUCAAGAAGUAAUUGAUAAGGUUGUUAAUAAAACAAAGACGGAUGUUGAAGAUUAUAAUUCGGGAAUAGGAGAAUUUAUUUGUACAUUGUGCAAUUUUAAAUGUAGAUCUUUAUCUAGCUUACAUUCUCAUCGUCUCAUUCAUGACAAACAAUUCGUAAAGUGUCAUUAUAAUUGUAUAGCUUGUGGUCAGCAAUUUGAUAAAGCCCAAAGUCUCUCACAUCAUUUUCGUACUGCCCAUUCAAAAUAUUCAUGUGGAAUGUGUAAUUAUAAAUGUGAGGAAGAAUGGGAUUUAGCAGAACAUUUUAAAGUACAUAAUGAUAGGAAAUAUUCUUGCAAUGAAUGUGAUUUAACUUUUAAAACAGCUAAGGCAUUAAUUAACCAUCAAAAAAUACACAACAAUACUUUUCUUUAUGCAUGCAAUAAAUGCCAUGCUAGUUUUGCAACUACUAGUGAAGUCUCAGCACAUUUGCGUACAGCUCAUGUUCGAUCUAAAACGAAACCUGGUCAAAUUAAAGAACAGGUUAAAGUAAGACCUACAAAAAAAGGUAGAAGGCGAAUGCCUUGUCGUGUAUAUUUAUAA